AUGUCAUACGAGACUUAUACAUUCCCCCACCCGGUCUUAGGCCCCCUCACAGGCCGCCUCGUCGAAAACGAUUCAGUAGUUCACUUCCGCUCAAUCCCCUACGCCACCAUCCCCGCCCGUUUCCGUCCCUCAGAACCCCUCUCCGCAAUUCCCGAAAUCUUCGACCACCGUCCUCACCGUCAAUUCACAGAAUAUGGAUUCGCCUGUCCCGGCCGCGCCCAUGACCCUUCUGAUCUCCCCGGGGAACUUCCCCGCCAAUACGACGAAUUCAAAUGUCUAACCCUCACCAUCUCCGCCAUAAAAUCCCAACUAGAUAUUGUUUCAUCAGGAUCAUUAGAACAACUUAAUCACCUCCAAAAACUCCCCGUUUUGAUCUACCUCCACGGUGGAGCCUUCACCGAAGGUGCAGGUCACAUUUCUUCAAUGCAUGAAACCAUUCGAUUAGCAUCCUUCUCCAUCACCGAUUCCUCCACUCCAACAAUCUUAAUCUCGAUCGGAUACCGACUAGGUGCAUUCGCCGGUCUCGCAAGUCAAGAUUUAUUAGACGAGGCGAUCGAAAACGGGGAUGAAGAGAUUUUUAACCAAGGGCUUUUCGAUCAACGGAAGGCUCUCUUGUGGGUUAAAAAGUUCAUAGGAGGCUUCGGUGGUGAUGAAGACAGGGUUACGGUGUUUGGAGAAUCUGCCGGGAGCAUGAGUAUUGCGUUACAUUUAUUGGCAGACGAACCGUUGUUUUCAAGAUGUGCUAUGCAAAGUGGGAAUGUUGCGACUUUUGGACGGACUUUGAAGUGGGAUGAAGUCAACGGGAUAUAUGAAAAGCUGUUGAAAAGUAUAGGAGGGGAUGCUGGUGGGACUAAAGAGCAAAGAUUGGAGGUUCUAAGGAAUAUACCGCAAGAACGGCUUUGGGAGGAAUUUAUUGGCAUCGGAGGGGCAGUUAUGGAGACUUAUUAUGGAAGUGAAGGGACGUUUUUUAAGAAAUUGGAAGGAGUGGUGCCGGUUUAUUCGAACCAUGUGGAACUAACCGCAAAGAGGGAGUGGGUUGAUGGUGUUAUCGUUGGCGACGACUUUUGGGAAGGAUACAUAUUUAGGAACGGAUUGACACAUGCGAAACAUAAGAAGUUUGUUAAGAUGUUCAAAACGGUAUUCGGGCAGGAGAUGGGGACAAAGAUCUUGGACAGUUAUGAUAUUGAACCCGACGAAGGGGUGUGGAUGGAUCAAAUGAAGUUUUUUGUGAGGGUGAUGUAUUUGAUUGGAGAUCUAUUCUUUCAACAGCCUACCGUGCAGAUGGUCGAUGGGUUAUCUAAGGCAUAUUAUAACCCUCAGGCUAGUGGGGAUGGGAGGAAACAAAAGGUUUUCAGAUAUCAAUUCAACUUACCGAAUCCGUGGCCCGGGUCACCAUUCUCCUACGUUUCGGGCCAUCACUUUGUCGAAAUGUUUUACCAGUUCAUGACAUUUCGAGAACGGUACCCUACCCAUCGAAAUAAGUUUUAUCAACGACAGUCUGAGGAGAUGGCGAGGUUAUGGAUUGCAUUUGCGAACGGGAAGAAUCCUUGGGAGGAGUAUAAGGAACAGACGGGUUAUAAGAUUCAAAUUUGUGAUGAUGUCAACGGAUGGCAUUCGAGGACUAGAGACGAAGAUGUGGAGAGGUCUAGAGACGAACAAUGGGGGGAGAGGAGGUAUAAGCAAUGGGAAUUGAUCACGGAGGGGUUCGAGAACUUGGAGAAGGAAGGUGGGAAGGAGAAGGUGGAGUGGGCGAGGAGGAAGUUGUGGGAUAUGAAUGGAUAUAUGGAUGAUGAGGACUUUGUGUUUAGUUUUGGGAAGAAAGAGGAUUGA